GUUUUCACUUUCUUCUCCUCCCCCCUCCUCCAGAAAUGUAAAUCUCACAAGAGACCUGUGUGCGGCAGCAACGGCAAAACCUACCUGAACCACUGCGAGCUCCACCGAGACGCCUGCCUGACCGGCUCCAAGAUCCAGGUGGACCAUGACGGUCACUGCAAAGAGAAGACAUCCGAGGUCCCGGCCGCCACCCCAGUUGUUUGUUACCAGGCCGAUCGCGAUGAGCUGCGCCGACGCAUCAUCCAAUGGCUGGAGACCGAGAUCAUCCCAGACGGCUGGUUCUCCAAGGGCAGCAACUACAGCGAAAUCCUCAACAAAUACUUCAAGAGCUACGAUGAUGGCGACUCCCGCAUGGACUCUUCUGAAUUCCUGAAGUUCCUGGAACUGAACCAGACCGCCAUUAACAUCACCACCUACCAGGACCAGGAGACCAACAAGAUUCUGAAGGGCCUGUGCGUGGAGGCUCUCAUUGAACUGUCGGAUGAGAAUGCAGACUGGAAGUUGAGCUUUAACGAGUUCCUGAAGUGCCUGAACCCUAGCUACAACCCUCCGGAGAAAAAAUGCGCCCUGGAGGAUGAGACCUAUGAAGAUGGAGCAGAGACCCAGGUGCAGUGUAACCGCUGUGUGUGCGCCUGCGGCAACUGGGUGUGUACCGCCAUGUCCUGUGAAGACAAAGACGGCCACCCAGAGGGAGAUAUGAGCCGAUAUGUGGAUGAACUAAGAAAGCACCAGGAGACGGUUGAGAAAUCCAAGCAAGCCAGCAGCAAAGACAUCUGAAGAGACUGCAGAUCCCCUGCGCUGGCAGGGCUCCGUGCCGCCCACCUCUCCAUUAAUUAGUCUAUAGGGUGCCGGACAGGAGAAUCUGAUUUUUAGCUGUUGAUGACAAAUCAAUCUUUGUAGGGCAUAGGUGCAAAAA